AUGACGACUGCUACUAGUGUUUAUCCUACUCUGGAGAACCGUCCUCUAAAGGGCACCAUUGUCCUCUUUGAUGUGGACGAGACGCUGAGCAAAGCGCGGCGGUCUGCGACUCCAGAAAUGCACGAGUUGCUCUCUCGAUUGCGACACAAGUGCGCCAUUGGAUAUGUGGGCGGUUCAAACUUUGUAAAGCAGCAGGAGCAACUGGGAUCCGCUUCCGUCGAUGUGACCACCCUGUUCGACUUCUGUUUCUCCGAGAAUGGCCUCGUCGCCUACCGCCUGGGCGAACCGCUGCCGAGCAACAGUUUCAUUCAGUGGUUGGGCGAGGAGAAGUAUCAAGAUCUUGCCGACUUCUGUCUCCAAUAUAUUUCCAAUACCAAGCUCCCCAGGAAGCGUGGUACUUUUGUGGAGUUCCGGAAUGGCAUGAUUAAUGUUAGCCCCAUUGGCCGUAAUGCCAGCGUGGAAGAGCGCAACGAGUUCGAGGCCUAUGACAAGAUCCACAACAUCCGCAAAGAUAUGGUCGAGGCCCUUAAGAAGGAGUUUCCGAAUUAUGGGCUGACUUUCUCCAUCGGUGGUCAGAUCUCUUUCGAUGUCUUUCCCACUGGUUGGGACAAGACCUACUGCCUACAGCAUGUUGCAGCCGAGAAGAACGUUUCUGGGGUUGAUUAUAAGACCAUUCACUUUUUCGGUGACAAGUGCUUCCUGGGUGGCAAUGACUACGAGAUCUACUCCGACCCCCGAACGAUCGGACACUCGGUGGAGGGCCCUGAUGAUACGAUGAAGCAGCUGAAGGAGAUAUUCGACCUUUAA